AAAUCUCCUGAAUCAUAUCGACACACACAUACGCUCUAAUACACGCACACGCGCACACACACACACACACUCCGGACGUGAGGUACAGAGUGUCAGCCUGAGGGUGUAGGGUGAGAGACAUGGAGCUGCACACGGUGUGUGUUCUCCUGCUGGUGGUGUGUGUGGGAGCCACACCUGAUCGCUACUACGUCAAAAAACAGCAGGUAUAUCCUGUCAAGGGCCAGGAAGUUUCAGGUGCUCCAGGUAUCCCAGGGGAACCUGGCCCCCCGGGUCCACCUGGUCCCCCUGGUGCCCCAGGAAUGAGUGUGAUGGGACAGCAGGGACCAAUGGGACCUCCUGGACCAUCUGGACCAGCAGGAUAUUCUGCACCUGGAAAGCCUGGAAGCCCAGGUGCACCAGGAAAACCAGGUGAUAAUGGAAUGCCUGGAGAAAGAGGACAUCCCGGGCCUGUAGGACCCCAAGGAGCAAGAGGAGCUCCAGGAGCCCCUGGCAGCCCAGGUCCGGCUGGUUAUUCUGCUCCUGGAAAACCAGGACCUCAUGGUCUACCUGGGGCAAUGGGGCCUAGAGGAGAACCUGGUGCAAAAGGAAUUCCAGGUAUUCCUGGCAUAUCUGGACAGAAAGGUGAACCAGGUCAUGGUGUGCAAGGACGUCCCGGUGGACCUGGCCCAGUGGGUCCAAUGGGUCCUGCAGGUCAGCCUGGUCAACCAGGAAUUGGAAAGCCUGGUGCAACUGGAUAUCCUGGGGAAUCUGGAAAGCCAGGUAUGCCAGGUAGAGAUGGGGCUCCAGGUCCCAUGGGUGCACAAGGCCCAAAGGGAAACACAGGAACUCCAGGAAUAGGUGCACCUGGUAAACCAGGUCAGAACGGUGCUCCAGGACUGCCUGGCCCAAUGGGACAUAAAGGUUUUCAGGGACCAGCCGGACAACCCGGAGCUCCUGGUCUUCCAGGUAUUGGCAAAUCUGGAGAACCUGGAAUUCCAGGACACAGAGGUGCACCUGGUACUUCAGGUACACCAGGACAGAAGGGAGAGCCAGGCGCAACAGGUUUUACAGGUCAGCCAGGUGCUAAUGGACCUGUGGGUUCAACGGGUCCACAAGGUGAUAGGGGAUUUCCAGGUGAGACAGGUCCACAGGGGCCUAAAGGUGAUGCCGGUAUUAUUGGGGCACCCGGUGCAAAAGGUCAAAAGGGAGAUCAGGGAGCAAUGGGCUUUACAGGUAAACCAGGUAUUCCAGGGGCAUCAGGUCCACAAGGUCCUGCUGGUGCUACAGGAUAUCAGGGUCCCAAAGGUGAGCGAGGUUAUACAGGGGCACCAGGCAGCCCAGGAGCUAUGGGUCCAACAGGCAUGAAAGGCCAUACUGGUCCACAAGGUAUGACUGGUAGCAGGGGUGAAAAUGGCCUUCCUGGAGCAAGGGGACCAAUGGGGCCAGCAGGACCAACUGGACUCACAGGAGCCAAAGGUAAUCCUGGUCUCCCUGGAGCCCCUGGCCCAGCAGGACUUGUAACUAAAGGGCUUUCUGGCCCACAGGGUCCUCCAGGAUUCCCUGGUAGCAGAGGUCAGGAUGGUCGCCCAGGUCCAGCUGGACCUCCUGGCCCACCUGGUCCACCAGGCGAGAUUACUUAUUAUAACGAGAAGAGCAUGCCCAUCAAAUCCGAGGUGAACUAUGUCAGUCACGAGCUUAUGAAGCCGCCCAUGUCAGCCUUUACGGCUCUUUUGACCAGAGCUUACCCUAAUGCGGGAACACCAAUUGUGUUCAACCAGAUUGUGUACAAUGGAGAGAACCACUAUGAUCCUAGCACUGGGGUGUUUACUUGUCAGGUUCCAGGAUUUUAUUACUUUGUUUUCCACAUGCACGUCAAUGGGGCUAACGCCCUGGUUGCACUUUACAAAAACAACGAGCCAGUCGUGUUCUCCUAUGAUGAGUAUAACAAGGGCUUCCUGGACCAGAUGUCAGGUAGUACUGUACUCAUGCUGCAUGUGGGUGAUACCGUCUAUGUCCAGGUUCCAGAUGACCAGUCCAAUGGCAUCUACGCUGAUGAUAAUGUCCACUGUUCUUUCACUGGUUUCUUGAUUGCCUCAACGUGAUCGUGAUGCCAAAUAAAUAAAACCUCAAACUUUUAAAGUAAACUAUCGGUUUUCUUUAAAAAGUUCUCUUUAAAUAUUUACUAAUAAAUGUAUUUUGUCACAUAAAUGUCUGUCCAUGUGAAAGAUGGAACCCCUUUUUAUUUCAAGAAAAAAAAACAACACUGAAUUCACUUAGUGCUAAAUCAGGAAGAUGGUGCUCUGUAGUUGCUUUUAAACAUCUGUGUGCUUGUGUCUUCAAAACUUGAUUCUUUUUAAAAUAUGAAAUCUCUGGAACACCAAAUACUACAUGUAUAAAAACAUACUGAAAUAAAAACUGUAUGUAAUAUUAAUACUGCACGAGGUGUCUCAUGUUAUGUACGUCAUUGUGAUCAACCAAAAAUAAAAGUUAAAGUGUC